AUGAGCUCUUCUGACUUUAUACUAGAUGAUGAUUUUACUGACGUAGAUGUGGAUCCAAGCGAAGAUCAAAAACAAAAUGAAAACGUGAAGAGAAAGACAAAUCCACUAAUGACACUAUUGUCUGGGUCCCAAAAGUCCAAAAGAAAACAUAAUCCUAACAAAGCGGAAUGUAAGUCUCUAGAUUUAGCACCAAGCAGACAUUCGCAAAGUGAGUUUGAUAUAUCCUCCACCGACUCAAUCCCCGAAGACUCUUUCUCAGAAGGGACUCAAAACAUUUUCCAAAGAGAACAUGAAAUAUUAGAGUUAGAGAAGAAAUUUCAUAAUAACAAUGUCAAAUCAGUUUCAGCUAAAGACUUCCUAACACUCCAGAAUAAAAAGAAAAAGACUGAACCAGUUGAUCACCUUUUGACAGAAGAUGAUCAAAUACAAGAAAUAGAUUACAAAGUAAUUGAAGAAAAAAUGCAUUCAGUAAAUUCAAAUCGUCGAGUAGUAACUGCUAAAGAUCUUUUCAAGUCCUUUGGUCCCGUCAAGGGCAAAAACGGAAAGCCAUCUUUGCUGGUGACGUUAAAAGUCAAUUCUAAGUCGUUAGAAGAAAUUCACAAGUACGAUAGUCCUUUUAAAACUCGUGGGAAUGAUACUUCACCUUCUAAUAAAGAACCUAAGACCCUCUUGAACACGUUACGGCAGCCCAGAAAGACACGGAAAGUAACAAUCAAGAUAAAUCCUACAACUCUAAAGGAGAUAAAUAAAUCAGCCAAUCCAUUACAUACCAAGAGUUCUGGUAAUUCAAAGGGUGUAAAUGCCAACUCUUUCUUCAAAUCUAUGAUAGAAAACGCUACAUCUUCUAAAAAGUUGACACCUUUACAAAAAGCGAAGGAAGUAGCUCCCCCAACUAUCAUGAGAGAAGACUUUCAUGUUUAUUGUGAUGAUGGUUUGCAUCAAUCGAGCAUAUUCCUAAGUAAAUUUUUGAGAAGAAACUUGAACAAAAAUCCAAAUCCAGACGAUAAAUUUACGUUUCCAACUAAUCACAAGGAUAUUGAAGAGUCAAGAAUACUGAGAUCUUCUACAAAGUUUGAAACACACCAAAAGUUAUUGGAUUUUCUUAUUCCUAAAGUGCCCGAACUCGGGAGAACGGCAAUAGCUAGAAUAUUUAAUGGAUUUAUAAAGAAUGAUACCAAGUUAGCAUCAGAAGCAGGUUUAAACUGGCCCGAGUAUUUCCAACCCAAAAGCACCCAAGAUUUGUUAGUUUCUAAUCAUCAUAAGCAUUUCAUUAAAACCUGGGUCUAUAAUUCAUUUCAAAGAUUGAAAAAUCAAUCUACCAAAACACCAAGGAAUGUAUUGAUAAAGCAGAAAAAGCAACAAAGACUUUUACAACAAAUUAAUACACUUGAUAAUUUCGUAGUUGACGAUGAAAAUGAAUCAACAGAAUCAGAUUCGGAUAUAUUCGUGCCGGUAUUAAUAAUUCAGGGUUCAAUUGGUUCGGGUAAAUCGUCGUCAGUUUAUGCAGCAGUUAAUGAAAUAGAUGGAUAUGUUCAUGAAGUAAAUGCUGGACAAUCGCGAGGUCGAAAAGACAUAUUCAAUAAUUUGAGAGAACUUUGUACUACCCAAUUGGUCCAUUCCCAUCAAACGAACAAAGAAGAGAAAGAAUUUCAAAAAGGGAUUGUUCUAUUCGAAGACUGUGAUUUACUAUUUGAACAAGACAAGGGCUUCUGGAGCGUGAUUCAAGAUUUGAUUAAUAUUUCCAAACGGCCUAUUGUAAUCACAUGUAAUGAUAUCGAAAAUAUUCCGAAAAAUAUUGUUGAAUUUGCAAUAGAAGAGGAGGCUAUUGUGAAUCUCGAUUAUAGAGACCCAGAAUUUGAUCAAUUGAUAAAGGACUAUAUAAAAAUUUGUUGCUUAAGCCAAGGCUUUGAAUUUGAUAACAGUUUAAUAGAAGAAAUAAUAAAAAAUUCUUCAACAACCCGGCAUCAUGAUAUAAGGAAGAUAUUGAUGAAUUGUCAGUUAUUGUGUGAACCUACAGUGAAACUGGAUCAUGAAAUAAUUCAAAUUAAGCAAGAGAGGAUCAAAAAUUCUAGUACAAUAAAUGAUGAUUUAAAGUCAUUAUCAAAUGAUUUAGAAAUGAUGUCAGUAUCCGAUAUCAUAACUGAAAACUCCAAAUCUAUGAUACAGCAUGAGGUUCAACCUAAUGAUUUAGUUGAUAUUUACUUUAUAGAUGAGAGUACUUUUUUGAAACAACCAACUUUACCGUAUGAAUUUAACAGUGGGAAGCAUUUAAACCCAAACAUUGAUACAUUUGAUGGAUUUAAUAAGCCAUUAUUUACAUUUAACGAAUUACGAGAACCUGUGAAUGAAUUUAUAGGAUCCCGAAGUAAAAAACUAACCAAAUUUUUAAUGGACUUGCAAACAUCACGAAGUUUUACGCGGUCCCAUAAUAUGAAUGGAGAAGUGGAAUACAAUCCUGGUACGACGGGGAUAUCUGAAACGUCAAUAUGUAAUCAUUUGAAUCGAACAGCGUAUAUGUUAGAGUUAGCUCCUUAUACCAGGAUAUGGAAAAGUUAUCAAAAUUUAUUAGAUGAAGUUGAAACCAAGUCAAUUAUGAAUAAUGGAGUUAGUGUUAAGAAAUUUUUACAAUGGAGACAAUUUCAGGAUGAAUCAAACGAGGUAUUAAAAUUUAUGAUCAAAAAAUAUGAUAUUGAAUUAUAG